CCGCAGUCCCUCUCGGCUCUCGCCCUCGCUUCUCCCCGUUACUUCGUCGGCCACCCAAACAAGCGGCGGGACCCGAUCUUCCGCAUCCACCUACCCAGCAAUGGCCGCCGUCGUCGAGGUGGACGCAGGGCAAGCGGCGAAGCGGAGCAAGGAGACGGAGGAGGAGGGGAAGCCGCCGCAUCCGGUGGGGGCCGUGCGGAAGCAGCGGCAGCCCACGCCGGAUCACCCACCCUAUUGCUGGAUGAUUGGCGAGGCAAUCGACGAGCUGUGCGAGGAUGGUGGCUCGGAGGAGGACUCCAUCUCGGCUUUCAUCCGCGCCAGGCACCCCGGCGUGCCGCCGGCACAUGACAGGCUCCUUCGCCACUACCUCAAGAAGCACGUCAUCGAGGGCUUCUUCGUCUGCACCGCGGCGGGGCAGUACUUGCGCAGCCCCAAGGAGGACACGGAUGUGGAUCGCCCGGUGGAACAGGCCGCGGUGGGCUUAUCCAAGAAAGUGGCGGACGCCAGGAAGGAUGGGGCAGUGGCCGGACUGGCCGCUGCUCAGGAGUAUGUUCCAGCGUCACCAGUUGCUGUUGCCGAGUGGAAGGACGGAAGCCAGGCAGCAUCCUCGCUGCCCAAGCGCCGCGGACGGCGUCGUGCCGUGGUGGGACUGGCCGUGGGUGAGGACUCUGUUCCAACUUCACCAGUUGCUGUUGCUGACAGGAAGGAUGGAAGCCAGGCAGUGUCCUCGACGCCCAAGCGUCGCGGGCUGCGUCAAGCCGCUGCACGACUGGCUGCUGCCGAGGACUCUCUUCCAACUUCACCUGCUGCUGUUGCCAACAAGGAUGGAGAUCAGGCAGCAUCCUCGACAUUCAAGCGCCGUGACAGCAGCGAAGUUCCAUACACCACGGACAAGGAGCUGGCGCUGGUGAUUAUGGGCAAUGCCUCUGCAACAACAUCGAUCAUGGACAAGGCAUGCACCGAGGCCACUCCAACUUCGCCCGUGGACGGUGGUCAGCCUCUCGAGCUGGCCCUGGCGACCACCACCGACGUGCCUGUGCCUGUGGCAACGCCUGCCAUAGACUACAAGAGGGACGGCCAUGAAGCCCCAUCCUUUGACCUGGCACUCGUGGCCAAGACUGAUGACAUUUGCACAGUGUCCACUUCACCAGAGUCCAGCAGCCAGGCUUGCGAGCUGGUGGUCGUGGCUGCUGAUGACGGCUCUGUUCCUGUGUUGUUGGUUGCUGAGAAGGAUGGUAUUGAGGAGGCUCCAUAUGCAACCAACAAGAGUGUUCGUCAGCCUCGCAAGGCAGGCUCUGUCCGUACUGCAGGAAAGAAGGAUGAUGGCAAGGCUCCAUCAGCUACACCCAAGAGCCAUCGCCGGCAGUGCACAGGGGUGGCGGUGGCUACCAACCGCUCUGCUCCUACACCAGUUGCUGGCAAGAAGGCAGGCCGUAAGGUCUCAUUUGCAUCACCCAAGCUGAUACCAGUGACUGCCGGUGGCUGCUCUACCCCAGCGUCUGUUGCUGAUCGGGGCAGCAUCCAGGCUCGCAAACUAUACCCAGUGACAGCUGAAGAGAUACCAAAUGAUCCGGCGUGUUGUUUGCUCGCUCUGCCUUGUCUAACCCCGGCUGCAGCGAACGCAUAGCUUGAAAACCUGGGCUCCCUGAAUCAUCUCGUAAGCUUAAGAACACUUUCAGAAUUGCUAAAUGCAGUGGGUAGAAUAUAACUUAAUGAACUAUGAGAGAUUCGUAGCAGUUAUAUGCUUUAUCUUAACUGUCGGUUCAUGUGAAUAUAUUCUGGAAAUGUAUCUUGCUGGAAUAUUCAAGUUUAUUAUGCAGUUUUUGCAAUUCAUUCACAUCUGGGGUCUUCAAACC